GUCCGCCAACAGGACAAGCUCACCAAGGACCUGUACGCCAAGCGCGCCAAGGUCAUUGCUCAGAUCCCCAGCUUCUGGCCCCUCGUCUUUGAGCAGGCUCCUCCGGAUAUCGACGAGUACGUCCAGCCGACCGACUCUGCCGUGCUCCUGAGCUCGCUGGUCGACCUAUCCGUCGAGCGCUUCGAGCUGCCUGACGGCGACCCCCGCAGCAUCGCCAUCAAGUUCGAGUUCAGCGAGAACGAGUACUUUGAGAACAAGGUGCUCGAGAAGAAGUUCUGGUGGCGCCGCAACAAGGACGGCUGGGCGGGCCUCGUCAGCGAGCCCGUCAAGAUCAACUGGAAGCCCGGCAAGGACCUGACCAGCGGCCUGCUGGACCUCGUCUACCAGGUCUGGGAGGACGACAAGGCCGGCAAGGGCGACGACACCGAGGCCAAGAAGAAGCUCAGGGAGCAGAUGGAGAGCACCGGCCUCGACGGCGUCAGCUUCUUCGCCUGGUUCGGCUUCCGCGGCCUCAGCAUCUCCGAGGAGGAGAACCAGGCCGCCCUCAAGGAGGAGCAGGCCAAGCGCCAGGCCCGCAAGGAGGGCAAGCCCGUCGAUGAGGACGAGGACGAGGACGAUGAGGAUGACGACGAGGACGAGUACGAGAUGGAGAUCUUCCCCACCGCCGACGACCUGGCCGUCUGCAUCGCCGAGGACCUCUGGCCCGGCGCCAUCAAGUACUUCUGUGAGUACAUUCACGCCUCUGAGAACUCGUCGGAGGAGUCGGGGGAUGAG